UUUUUCGGAUCCGAAUAAUAGAUCAGUAGGCAGAGAGAGCCUUCUAUAUUAAAAUCAGUUCUGAAACAUCGUGAGACAUGAAGGUCGUCUUUCCUUUGUUCCACAUCGAUCCCCGGAUGGCUUUAUUUUGAUACUGUUGUUUGAUUUGAAGAUAUUUAACCAGGUUAUUUUCAGAUUGUGUAAACUGUGUCACAGGUAGAGGCUGCAUGAAGCGCGUGGGGGAGGGGGAUAAUAUGUAAAUUUACAAGCCUACGAUUGGCUGCUGUGUGUGUCCAGCGGCCCUAUUUUGACCAAUGAAAUAGGUUUCCUUCAGUCAUUGCAAGAACCGAGCAAUCAGAGGAACACGAUCAGACCUUCAAGAUUAGCAUGAGCUUUCAAUAAAUAGCCAGUAAGCGCGAGAAACAAAAACUGUUGUGUUGUGUUAUAGUCUGUGAGAGCUAACAUGCCUGAACCAGCGAAGUCUGCGCCUAAGAAGGGCUCCAAGAAGGCCGUCACUAAGACCGCCGGUAAAGGAGGAAAGAAGCGCAGAAAGACCAGGAAGGAGAGCUACGCUAUCUACGUGUACAAAGUGCUGAAGCAGGUUCAUCCUGACACCGGGAUCUCUUCUAAGGCGAUGGGGAUCAUGAACUCUUUCGUCAACGACAUCUUCGAGCGCAUCGCCGGUGAAUCGUCUCGUCUCGCUCACUACAACAAGCGCUCCACCAUCACAUCGAGAGAGAUCCAGACCGCCGUGCGUCUGCUGCUGCCCGGAGAGCUGGCCAAACACGCCGUGUCUGAGGGCACCAAGGCCGUCACCAAGUACACCAGCUCCAAGUAGAGCUCCGCUCCAGUCCCCGAGACUCAAAGGCUCUUUUAAGAGCCACCCAUCUUAUCACUUAAAGAGCUUUCUUAUGUAGUUAAACUGAACCGUAACCGCAGACGCCAUAUUAGACAGUUAAUUCGCACUUUGGCGUUUACCUAUAACCAUUCGUUUCUUUUUCUUUUUUUUCUUGAAAGCAAAAAAUAAAAAAUACUCAAAGGCAAUUUAAAUAUUUAAUUGAAAUGCCAGUCUCCGUUAAAUCUCAUC